AUGACCCCGGUGUGCCCGGUGGACUUCCUGUUCCUGGUGGACAGCUCUGAUGUUUCCGGGCGGGUUCUGUUUGAGCGUCAGAAGGAGCUGGUUCUGCGCGUUAGCGGGCGGCUUUUGGCGCUGCGCUCCUCCGGGUGGCGUCUGCGCGUGCGUCUGGCCGCGCUGCAGUUCGGCGGGGGAAACAUUUCGGUGCAGCACAACCUGCGCGACUGGCAGGAUGCGGACGGUGGCGGCCAUGGCCUUCCUGGGGGGGGGGGCGCCCCCCCCGGGAGGGCCAUGGCCGCCGCCGCCCGCCUGUUCCGGGGGGAGAGUUCCCCCGCCGGCCUGAAGGGGGCGCUGCUGCUGCUAUCGGCCGCCGGCCCCGACCACUAUAGCGCCGCCGCCGCCGAGGAGAAGCUGCAGGGCGUCCGGCUGCUAACCAGCACAAUUGUAAGGAGCAAAAGCCAAAGGCCUGUCUCUGUCGGAAAGGGGAGAUGGGUCAUCCUGGAAGUCCGGUAG